CUAGGGAGGGGAAGCCCACACCGAAUAUUCCUCCUCGGCCGAAAAGCGUGACUACAACUGUUACUCUAUAAAAUAUAUAAAGUGCACGCAACUUCAAAAACCCUCUCUAUAUUCAUUGAAUCGAUCGCUCCUAACUUUUCUCCAUUGAAUUUGAAUCCUUCGGAUUUUGUUUGUUGAAUCGCAAUGGCUUCAUCAUCAGCUCUCAAGAGAUGGCUCAGGCCCGAGGUGUAUCCGUUGUUCGCCGCCGUCGGAGUGGCCGUGGGGAUUUGCGGAAUGCAAUUGGUCCGUAACAUUUGCACAAAUCCUGAAGUCAGGGUGACUAAGGAAAACAGAGCUGCUGGUAUUUUGGAUAACCAUGCGGAAGGGGAGCAGUAUUCUCAACAUUUUCUUAGGAAGUACGUUCGUAACAAGAGCCCUGAGAUCAUGCCAUCCAUCAACGGCUUCUUCUCCGACCCCAAAUAUUGAUCUAUUGAUACCCCAAAUUUGAUCUAUUGAUGAGUACAAUUGUUUUGAAGAUACAACCAAUGACAAAAAUUGCAUUCUUUUGGCUUUGAUUGAGCACAAAUAAGUGUGACAGAACCAAUAUCUAUCUAUUCACAACAGUUUAUGAAUGACUUUGCUUAAUCUUCCAUUUUUCUAUCAAUGAUGCCAUAGUUCAUUUCA